CAUGUUUACUUAGGACGGCACCAUAUUACGCUUUUUGGGGUUUUCACUUGGGUUUUCUUUACACUGUAGUGUGUUAGGUUUUUGUGCAUGUCAAUGGUCUGCAAAGGCUAAAAUCCCAGUUCCCUCGAGAAGGAGUUUCUCUCCCACACACUCCCCCCCUGCCAGAAACGCCUCCAUUUACUUCCGUAUCACAAUGAUAUCACUAUGUAACACUCGUGCUUCUAUUGGCUAGCGCUCGGACACAUUGUACGUGAUAGACUAAGGGGUAGGACAUCUCUGAGCAGUUGACCAAUCACAACAGAGCCCGCCAGCUAACCAGUCAGAGCAGACUGGGCUGUGGUUUCAGACAGAGGGUGAAAAGUGGUGCUGCAGCACAGGCAGUAUGAGAAAAAUGAAGAGCUUUUUGAACAUUAAAGUCACAGUAGAGACACUAAAUACCUAAAUAUGACCCUAAAAAUGAGCAGAAUAGGGCCCCUUUAAGACUUUAAAAUACCAUGUGUGGGCCAGCUCUUCUCUGACCCUCCGCAACACUAUAAUCAGAUAUUUUCACAUAUUUCUCCUUUACCAAACGUUGCACCUCCUGCGAUUUGGAUAGCGCAUUUGUCCAUAUUGCGAUUACGAUAACAUUGUGCAACCCUAGUUGGAUGAAAUAAUUUCCUUAAAUAAACUAAGACUUGUUUUAAAUCGUUUCUCAGAAACUAAAUCCACUUUAGGAGUCCUGUUGGUGUUGGUUUGGCAGCUCUCUUAUGUUUUUAUUCCUCCCACAGAGAAGCCACAGUUAAAUUUAACAAACUGAUUUCACAACACACCAAUGGACUGUUCCACUCGUCAAAUAAUGGGUCUCUGUGAAAGAGCUCUGGGGGAAUAGGAAACUCACAUUUGGGAGUAAUUUAAGGAAUAAAACUGCGACCCGGAGCAUUUUUAUUCAGAGAGGAGGGGGAGAUGUUUUGGUAGCGGGGUAUUUUACCCAAAUAGUAGAGCAGGGGUUAAUAAUCCCUCAUUUCUCGUGGACCUCAGUGGCAGCAGGACGUGAAAUUUCCAGUAUGCACACACACAAACUGGGAGCUGCUCUCCACACACACAGCGGGACAACUUUCUGACUGAACUUCACACCUUUUUUUUUGAGACUUUCUUUUCCUUUUUUCACCACACGUGUGACGGAUGUUUAUCAGAACACAUUUCAUCUAUUGCUGCAGAGGAGCUGUUUAAAAUAAGGAGUGAGGGAGGGGAGAGAGACUGCCCCUUGCAGAAAAAUAACCUGUGUAAAAUGUGAGGUAUGUGCACAGCGUCCGGCUGCACACGCUGCCUCGGUCACACCGUGAGACCACUUCAUCUCGGAGAACUGGAACCUGAAUUAUUCUGGACAUGAUGAACUCAAGGAUUCACUGCAUGCUGGUGUUCUUCACUCUGUACCUGCAAGAGGGAUUAUCAAGGGAAUAUGAAGCUAAACCUGGAGCAGAUGUUCUUUUACAGAGAAUAAGACGUCAAAGCAAACCAACAAAAUCAGUGCUGAAGGUGACAGACUACCAUGUGAGGUGUACAGUGGUGUCCCGGUACGCUGUCACCACAGUGCAGAGCUCCGUGUGGAACCAGCUGCCCGUCACCAAGGAGGCUGCCUUCGAGGUGGACCUGCCCUCCUCGGCGUUCAUCUCCAACUUCACCAUCACCUCCAAUGGCAAGGUGUACGUGGCCCAGGUGAAGGAGAGAGCCGCCGCCAGGAAGAUUUACGAUGCUGCUAAGAAGCAAGGGAAAACAGCCGGGCUCGUUGCUACCAAAGAGCGGGAGAUUGAAAAGUUCCGUGUGGCGGUGAGCGUGCCGCCAGGAGCCGGGGUUUCCUUCUCCCUGACCUACGAGGAGCUGCUGCCUCGACGCCUCGGCCGCUAUGAGCUCAGUCUGGGUCUGAGGCCCGGUCAGCCCGUGCAGAACCUCACCUUAGACGUCAGUAUAACGGAGAGGACGGGUAUCAGCUUCCUCAAGGCCUUUCCUCUCAGGACGAGCCGGCUGCUCUCCAACACCGCUCAAGGUGAUGCAGACGCCCCGGCCUCCACUCAUGUUGAGCAGAACACCAACUGUGCUCGGGUCCGCUACAGCCCCACGAUACAGCAGCAGAACAGCAUCUCCUCCAAUGGUCUCAACGCAGACUUCAUCGUCCAGUACGACGUGGAGCUCAGAGACCUCAUGGGAGAAGUCCAGGUGUAUGAUGGCUAUUUUGUGCAUUACUUUGCACCCAGAGGACUUCCUGUGGUUCCUAAGGAUGUUAUAUUUGUCAUUGAUGUCAGUGGCUCAAUGAUAGGCACUAAAAUAAAACAGACGAAGCAGGCCAUGAACACGAUUCUCGGGGACCUGAGGGAGGGAGACCACUUCAACAUCAUCACCUUCUCAGAUAAAGUUCACACCUGGAAGAAAGGACGGACAGUUCGGGCGACUCGGCAGAAUGUACGAGACGCCAAAGACUUUGUGAAGAGGAUUAUUGCAGAAGGAUGGACGAACAUCAACGCAGCUCUGCUCUCCGCUGCCCAGCUCGUCAACCCUUCUUCCUCCUCUGGCCACUCUUCCCGUCGUGUCCCUCUGGUCAUCUUCCACGACGGAGAGGCAACCAUCGGCGUAACGACCGGCGACACCAUCCUCAGCAACGCUAAAAAAGCUCUGGGCUCCUCUUCUCUGUUCGGCCUCGCCUUUGGAGACGACGCAGACUUCCUCCUCCUGAAACGCCUUGCUCUGGAUAACCGCGGCGUGGCGAGGAUGGUGUACGAGGAUGCCGACGCCGCCCUGCAGCUGAAGGGUUUCUACGAUGAAGUGGCCAGUCCUCUGCUAUCAGACAUCCAGCUGUCGUACCUGGACGACCAGGCGUUUGACAUCACCCGCUCCAUGUUCCCAAACUACUUCCAGGGCUCAGAGCUGGUGGUGGCCGGGAGGGUCAAACCAGGGCUGACGGAUUUUAAGGUGUCGAUGUCCGCCACUGACUCAAAACAACGUGUCAAGAUGGAAAACGAGGUGUUGAUUUCACAUGCGAAAGGCAACGGGAGUGCAGAUUCAGUCGAGUGCUCUGCAGGCUUGGAAGGCAUCUCCACCUUCGUGCACCGCCUCUGGGCGUAUUUCACCAUCAAAGAGCUGCUGCUGGCAAAACUGAACGCUACUGACCCUGCAACUCAGAGGAUACUGGCAGACAAGGCCACAAACCUCUCCCUUAAAUAUAACUUUGUAACACCGGUCACUUCUUUAGUCGUGGUGAAGCCCGAUGCAGAUGAAGUUACUCCGACCACUGUAAAACCCACGACCGGAGCCACUACAACCACGACAGCAACAACUACUGCCACCAUCAAAAUAUUAGCUGCAAAGAAGCUCAGCUCUAGCCCAAAGUCUAAAACGAAACCGGACUCUCCUCAGCCACCUCAAAAGCAAACUAAAAAAGUUUCAAUAUCAACUACUACAGCAAAAGUAGCUAGUACACCAUCCAAGAAAACUACAACCACAUCAAGUCCCACCUCUGUGAAAACUGCCCCAGCUCCGUUCUCCGGGAAAAAGCCAACCCCUUCCCAAAAUGAAUCCAAAACUGCCUCUCCACUUCCUGCGGGUAAGAUACACACCUCCCUGCUGAAUGCUCUAAAAACAGCGGCACCCCCUGCACCCGGAAAGUCUCCACCCCACAUCCACAUUGUGAAAACAACCCCCACAGCCACCACAGUGUCGACAUUCACCACCAGCACCACGCCUCCACCCAGCUCAGUCCACACCGACCCUGCACCGCUGCCCGGGAGACCCCUCACCACCCAGCCCAGUACAGUGAGGACAACCCUGCCUCCUGUCAGAGUGACUGUUCCCUCCACAGAGGCAGAGAACAGCUCCACCUCUGCUCCUCAUGUGCCUGACCUCAGCACCGCCCCACCCAACGCAUCGUCUCUCCUCACCUCUCCCACCCCGGUGCCAGCUCCGAGCGUGGACCACAACGACACAGAGCUACGCAUCGCCACCUUCGUGUCAGCCACCUUCGCUCCCAUGCCUGGUGUGACAGAUGGGCCACGUCUGUGGGAAGCAGCCGGGCUUCUGGAUGUCUCUACUUUCAUUCAGAGAAAAGAUAUUGACCUUGUGAAAGACUUCGAUGCGACCUACGACCUGGACUACGAUCUCAAUUAUGAUGCAUGGGACGAUACCGCAGACACAGAAUCAUUUGAUAGUUCUCCAUCCACCAUCCGGGUCUUCUCCUCAUCAGUUGAUGGAGAUCCUCAUUUUGUGGUCCAGCUGCCGAAGCUGCGUCAGAACUUGUGUUUCACUGUCGACGGCCGAGCCAAUGAUGUUCUCCGACUGUUAGAGGACCCAGAGAGAGGGAUCAUUGUCGACGGCCACCUAAUGGGAGCUCCCUCUAAGCAUGGUGUGGAAGAUCGGACCCGGACCUACUUCGACCGGAUCACCAUUUCCUCCGCCACCGGGCUCUCCGGGGACAUCAUGAUCACCCUCUCGUUGGACGCUGUAGUGGUGGAAGGCGAAGGGCGGGACGAUCUCCCCAUCAAUCAGCAGGGCUCUGUGACGCGGCAGGGGGUUACGGUCAUCGUGGACGACCACAGGAGCUGCUGGAUCGAGUUGGACCGGGACGUCCGCUUCCUGGUUCUGUUCCACCAGUACAAACACCCCAGCUACCUGCAGAUGGCCCACCUGGGUUUCUACAUCAGGGACGGACGAGGGCUGUCUGCUUCAACCCAAGGCCUUCUGGGCCAAUUCCAGCACGUUGAUAUGAGAGUCACAGCGCUGCAGGAUCACCAGGAGGAAGCAGUUCACAACGAGGCGGUUUCAGCGCGGGGGAUCCUGAGGUGGGGAUCGGAGCACAUGCCGGUCACCUUGCAGGACAAGACGCUGAAGGACACGGUGCGGAAACGCCACACGGGCAAGUGUUGGGUGGUGCCCAAAGCCGAGGUAGAGAGACUCCUGGGUCAUCCAUACGAGAGCUACGUGGUGGAUUGUCUGUAAUCCGAGCCGAGUCUUCUCCGCCUUCUCUGCUGCUCGGCUCGGGUCACAGUGAAUAUAAUAGCAGGGCUUUCGGAUGAGCAAGAAAACGGUGACUCCGUGAGGCUGAAAUGUUUCCACGCUAUUCUGUCAGGAGCGGUGGGACACAGGUGUGGUUACACAAAGAGGAAAUGAAGGAGUAAUGAGGACGUACGGUUCGAUAGAUGUGUAAGGACUGAAGCGUGCUGUUCUCCAUCAGGGAGUUUGGAUUCAUGACUAUGACAGAGACUCCUGUUCGCAUGGCAACCACAAAAUGUCCUUUAGCUCAGCAGCUCACACCCGUCUCACACACCAACUCACUUCAGAUAUUUAUCAGAUUAUAUUUUAUCGAGGAUUCAUUAUAAGGCAAAGCCAGAUUCUUGUAAUUAUUAAAGCUGUGGGUUGUAUUUUGUAGAGUGUAUAUAAAAUAUGAUUAUAUGUAGAUAACUUUAUAACAAGAAGAAACACACCACAGUUUCAGGGUCUUUCCAGGUUUGCCAUGUGCUUUUUAUUUUUCUAUCAUUUCAUUCAUAGUUUAAUUCGUUUUUUAUUUGUUACACAAGACAUUAGGCAUUGCUCACAUACUAGUGAUCGAACAAGGACAGUAAGUGUUUCUACUACUCAGCCUUAACUGUUUGUAUCUUUUGUAAAUUUUCAAGGGAUAUUGUCAAUAGUGGUUUCCAAAACAGGCCAAACUGGAUGGGAAAUUAAAACAGUACGACCACAAA